AUGGCCAAACGAAAAGUGGACUUUGAAAACAGGGGCUUUCAAAACCGGUGGGAGACAGAGUAUAUGUUUGUUGAGAUUGAAGGUAAACCUGUGUGCCUCGUUUGCGGAGGUAAUGUGGCAGUAAUCAAAGAAUAUAACUUAAGACGGCACUAUGAGACAAAACAUCAGGACAAGUGCAAAAACAUGGACACAAAGCAGAAGCUACAGAAAGUAGAAGAGCUUAAAAAGAGUCUGGUGUCACAGCAGACUAUGUUUAGAAAAGCAAAAUCACAAAGUGAAGCUGUUGUGAAAGCGAGUUUUAUAGUGGCGGAAGAGAUCGCUAAAUCAGCCCGGCCAUUUACCGAAGGAGAGUUUUUGAAGCGCUGCAUGAUUAAAGUGUGCGACGUCUUGUGUCCAGACAAAAAGCAAGCAUUUUUAAAUGUAAGCCUAAGCAGAAAUACCGUUGCUGAUCGGAUGUGCGAACUUGCCACUGAUUUACAAGAACAGUUGAUUGAACGAGGAAAAGACUUCAUUGCAUAUUCCCUUGCUGUGGACGAAAGUACGGACGCGACAGACACAGCACAGCUGGCAAUCUUUAUCCGUGGAGUGGACUCCAGUUUAUGCGUUACAGAGGAACUUUUGGGUAUUAAGUCAAUGCAUGGCACAACCACAGGGAAAGACAUAUUUGAGGAAGUAUCUAAGUGUGUACAUGACAUGAAACUGCCCUGGGACAAAUUUACGGGACUGACGACUGAUGGGGCACCCGCAAUGUGUGGGGAAAAGUGUGGAUUAGUGGGAAGGAUGCAGGAGAAGAUGAAGAGAGAGAACUGCACAGGUGAGCUGACAGUUUAUCACUGCAUUAUACACCAAGAAGCACUGUGUGGUAAAGCCCUUAAAAUGGAGAAUGUAAUGAGUGUUGUGACACAGACUGUUAACUUUAUAAGAGCCAAAGGUUUAAAUCACCGGCAGUUUCAGUCUUUUCUGCAAGAAAUUAAUUCUGAACUUGGUGAUGUGCCCUAUCACACAGAGGUGCGAUGGCUAAGUCGAGAAAAAGUGCUUAACAGAUUUUUUGAGUUACGUGAGGAAAUCUGUCAGUUCAUGAAAAGUAAAGGAAAAGACUCCACCUUUAUCCAGGAUGUAAAGUGGUUGCAUGAGUUGGCAUUUCUGUGCGACUUGACUAAGCAUCUUACUGCACUAAACCUCCAGCUGCAGGGGCGGGACCGUGUGGUCACAGACAUGUAUGAUGCAGUGAAAUCUUUUCAAACCAAGCUGCGCCUGUGGGAGAUUCAGAUGCAGCAAGGAAACUUGUGUCACUUUCCAUGUUGCCAAACAGUCAUAAACCAACACUCCACUGCUGUGUUCCCCACAGCACAUUUUGUUGAUAAACUGAGCACACUUCACAUUGAGUUUACACGACGCUUUGGCGACUUUGAAUUGCAGAAAUGUAAUUUACAACUGUUUAGUAAUCCAUUUGCAGUUGAUGUGGAAAAAGCACCUGUAAACAUUCAGAUGGAGCUGGUAGAACUCCAGUGUAAUAGCAAGCUCAAGGCAAAGUAUGAUUCUGUGGGGCCCACACAGUUUCCCCAAUUCAUCCCUGAAACAAUGCCUCAACUUCGCCUACAUGCCGCUCGAAUGCUCUGCAUGUUUGGUAGUACAUACCUUUGUGAGCAACUUUUUUCUCUGAUGAAGAUGAACAAAACGGCACACAGAAGUCGUCUCAGUGAUGAACACCUCCACUCCACCUUGAGAGUUUCCACAGCUCAGAAACUAACACCAAACAUGACUAAACUUGUAGCAAAAAAAAGAUGCCAAACAUCCCACAAGGACAAAAUGGCAUAA